AUUCUAAUGAACAGCUAUGGCCAUUGAGAUGGCUCUCUCGAAUUCCAAACUGUUGUAGUGUCGACUCGAUCACGAGCAAACGGUAUUGUUAUUCUUGCUAUGUAGUGUAGCAGCUCUGCUACACACAAUUCACUGGCAGAUCAAUGAUUCAUUCUCAAUGCUCAAGGCACCUUUCGACCCUGAACAUUGUGCAAAGUAUAGUUGCUCGAGCUGCGGCACCAUUGAUAUCGGGUGGAAGGGUCCCUUUGAAAGACUUCCUCUCUUGCCAAAACUAACUCAUUGAGCAAGUUUUGGCGUGCCUCCCGCAUCUGCUCGCCAUCCGAUGGAUUGCUCCUGCCUUCCAUCAUGAGACCACUAAUCCAUACCUGUUCGACUGGUUGUCUUCCGCUACAGCCUUACUCCGUACCAUAUACCAUUCACAAAGUAUAGAGUAUCAAGCUUUCCUAUCACAUCUUUCCCGGAUUUCGCAGUCAUCAUGAAAGGCGACGAUUUUGCGCUGUCACCCCCCGACAUGAGCAGCAUUUCCUCUGCGGAAUCUGAUGGUGACCUUGAGGAAUUCUAUGCGAGGUUUCAGAACGUCACCAACCCGCCCAAUUCCCGACGUCUUAAUCCAGGACGAAGCAACGAAUCUGGUUGGCUAGACGCGAUGUAUCCUGCAGAAGCAGCAGCACCAGGUCGCUCUGGUCGGACUAACAGUCCACUCGUCGGGCAAUCUGAUCUCACUGGACAGAGAGCGGCAUCUCAGUACCCUCUUGCAUCGACCCAGCCCUCUCUCCAGCCGCUCCUCCCGUCUGAGAACCCCACAGCUCCUCGUCUUCCGUCAACUCCACUGCCAAUCUACCUAUCCGGGACUAUUCGCGACUAUGCUCCAGAUUCACGAGCGCCCAUCAACCAACGACGUCCCGUGUCAGAAGCAAAUGCAGGCCGAACCACCAGCAAUCCGCGCUUCCAUCGAUGGCUGCGAGACAAUUGGCAGCAUACCAUUGAGUUUGUCCUACCAGCGGACGUCGAGGAGACGCUCUUUCGGCAAUGGUGUGAAGAAGAGAGACUCGCUGAGCGACAGCAGCAAUUGGAGCUUGCACUCUCUCCUCGACGCAAUGAGCCCACACUUUCAGAAGACACAGCUGAGGAUCCUUACUCGUUUGCCGAGAUGGAGAGAUAUCUAGGUCCUGAAAUUGCGGCAAUGAGUAUCAGGGAGCCUAUACAGCUGGACUAUGUGCCUCCAGGACCCACUGCUUCGAGAAACACGGCACCUAUCGCUUCGAUAUCUGCCACUACAGCACCUACGACUACGACACCUGACACCGCCAUGACUAUCACUUCAGCGCCCACAAACACACCAGCUACUUCUACAGUGCCUUCCACUGUGACCUCUACCACUACAACGAACACCGCCGCAAUACUUAACUUCGAACAUAACCCUGACCAGGAUAUUGAAGAGAAGCAACUUGCAGGUGAUAUCUGGGAAUUCUAGGCUCAUGCCCUGCUCAGGACAAAGGGUAUUCGUUUCUCCUUGUACAUAGCCUGCAUCAUUUCUUCCAUAGCCAUCGCUUUCUUGUACGCACGCAAGGCUUGAUUGAUACCCAC